GUGGUCCGGCUGCACCCGGUCAUUUUGGCCUCCAUCGUGGACAGCUACGAGCGACGCAACGAGGGUGCCGCCCGAGUCAUCGGGACUCUGCUGGGAACCGUGGACAAGCACUCAGUGGAAGUCACCAACUGCUUUUCGGUGCCGCACAACGAGUCAGAAGAUGAGGUGGCUGUUGACAUGGAAUUUGCUAAGAACAUGUAUGAAUUGCACAAGAAAGUCUCUCCAAAUGAGCUCAUCCUGGGCUGGUACGCUACAGGCCAUGACAUCACAGAGCACUCUGUGCUGAUCCAUGAGUACUACAGCCGGGAGGCCCCCAACCCCAUUCACCUCACCGUGGACACGAGCCUCCAGAAUGGUCGCAUGAGCAUCAAGGCUUAUGUCAGCACUUUAAUGGGUGUCCCGGGGAAGACCAUGGGGGUGAUGUUCACACCUCUGACAGUGAAAUACGCGUACUAUGACACUGAGCGCAUUGGCGUUGACCUGAUCAUGAAGACCUGUUUUAGCACCAACCGGGUGAUUGGACUCUCAAGUGACUUGCAGCAAGUAGCAGGGUCCUCGGCUCGCAUCCAGGAUGCCCUCAGCACAGUGUUGCAGUAUGCGGAGGACGUGCUGUCUGGAAAGGUGUCUGCUGACAAUACUGUGGGCCGCUUCUUGAUGAGUCUGGUUAACCAAGUACCCAAGAUCGUUCCCGAGGACUUCGAGACCAUGCUCAACAGCAACAUCAAUGACCUACUGAUGGUGACCUACCUGGCCAAUCUCACCCAGUCACAGAUUGCCCUCAACGAGAAACUCGUCAACCUGUGAAUGGCCCCAGCAGUAGGACUCAGAGUGGAGUGAAGUGGAAAUGGCUUCUUGUGGUUUGAGUCACACUGAGUGAGUCAGCUGCUUGUGACUCUAAAUAAACAUAGCCUAUCUUUUGUAAAUGAA